UUCUACACCCAAGCAACGUAAACCCAGAACCCUAAUCCACGAAACCGUAAAAAAAAACCAUUCGAUUGUAAAUUCGGACGCCGAAUUGAGAAUCCGAUCAAGAGAAGAUGUCGACGGUGUACGUUCUAGAACCGCCGACGAAGGGUAAAGUGAUACUGAACACGACAUACGGCCCAGUGGACAUCGAGCUGUGGCCCAAAGAAGCCCCGAAAGCCGUUCGGAACUUCGUGCAGCUCUGCCUCGAAGGCUAUUUCGACAAUACAAUCUUCCACCGCAUUAUCAAGGGCUUCCUCGUCCAAGGCGGUGACCCCACCGGCUCCGGCACCGGUGGAGAAAGUAUUUACGGGAGUGUGUUUUCGGACGAGUUUCAUUCGCGUUUAAGAUUUAACCAUAGAGGUAUCGUUGCUUGUGCCAAUGCUGGUUCGCCGCAUUCGAAUGGGAGUCAGUUCUUUAUAUCUUUGGAUAAAUGCGAAUGGCUUGACAAAAAAAACACUAUUUUUGGAAAGGUUACCGGAGACUCUAUAUAUAAUCUUCUGACAAUAGGUGAGGUUGACACUGAUCAGAAUGACCGGCCUUUGGAUCCUCCUCCAAGAAUCAAAUCGGUUGAGGUACUUUGGAACCCUUUUGAAGAUAUAGUUCCUAGAAUAUCUUCAAAGCCUUGGAUCCAGCCCACAGCUGAAUCUGAGAGGAAAGAUUUGAAGAAGAAAGCUGUGAAAAAGCUGAACUUGCUGUCGUUUGGAGAAGAAGCUGAAGAAGAAGAGAAGGAAUUGGCAGCAGUAAAGCAAAAGAUUAAGAGUAGUCAUGAUGUAUUGAAUGAUCCUCGUCUCCUAAAGCAAGAACAGGAUUCAUCCAAUGUCAAAACCACUAAGGAUGUGCAACUGUCUGUAAGGGGAGCUCUAAGCUCAAAGAGAGAAGGAGCACAGAAAGAUGUAGACGUUGAGUUGUCUGAUUCCCUUGAUCAUAGUGACGAUGAUGAGGCCAGUUUUGAUGCACGAAUGCGUCGUCAAAUACUUAAUAGAAGGAAGGAUCUUGGAGACCACCCAUCCAAGCAAAAGAUGCAAAAUGGGAGCUCUAAACCAAAUGACCGUGAAAUUUCUGCACCAAGGUCCAAUGAUGAAAGAAUUGAUGAUGACCAACCAAGGGUAGAAAAGCUGUCCCUGAAGAAAAAGGGUAUGGGAUCAGAAGCCAGAGCCGAGCGCAUGGCUAAUGCUGAUGCAGAUUUACAGUUAUUCAGUGUGGCUGAACGAGGAAGAUUGUUGCAAAAACAGAAGAAGCGCAGACUUCAAGGACGUGAAGAUGAAGUUUUAGCAAAACUUGAGAAGUUCAAGCAAUCUAUUUCCACAAAACCAGCUGCUCCAAGCAGUGAGCCUGCAGGUGGUGAAAAUGAGGAUUUGUCUGACUGGAAAGCAGUUGGGUUAGCAUUUGCUCCUGAUACCAAGGAUGGUAUGUCUCGCAAGGAUGACCCGAAUGACUAUGUGGUUGUUGACCCUCUUUUGGAGAAGGGCAAAGAAAAAUUCAACCGGAUGCAGGCCAAGCAAAAGCGACGGGAACGGGAAUGGGCUGGCAAAUCUCUUACUUGAUCUAGUUAAAGGCUGAUGAAAAUGACAAGUCGGUCCGUCUCACAUGCCUGUCUGCCAUUUCAUUCACCUAAAGUCCCACGAAUCAAACGUUGGGAGCUUGAGGUUGGGUUUCUCUUACCAAACAAUUUGACGUUGAUAUUGGAAUCAAUGUCGAGAUCACAAAUUGCGGAAAUAUUGGAUAUAAAUAAAAAAAAUCCGUAUCAUGGGUAAAUAUGAUGGAAAAUUGUAGUAAAAUGUUAGAAAUUUUGAAUGAAACUUUAAUUUAUAUUCCUUCAUAUAUUUAUGCAUAUUUUAAUUUUGAAUGAAACUUCAGUUUAUCUCUGU